CGUCUUCGAGUAUACAGAUCCCCCCUCUUGGACUUUAAGACGUGCGUGGUAAAGGUCUCAUCUGAGCAGGGGCCGGCCACCACCGGAGGGCUGCCGGCCUCCAUCUUUAUCUAAAAUUAGCCCCCUUUGGAAUGAUCAGCUUGGGGGGAGAUCAAGUAACAUCUUCUAGAAGAGGAAUAAGAGAAGGGACGGCGGUGGGGGGGGGACGCCGCCAGUGAGAGGGGCGAGAAGUAAGAAGACGGACAAGACAGGAGAAGAACUUUUAUAGAGUCUGAAGACGGACGGAGGAGGAGGCUGGAGAUGUAACCGGACAGCGGAGAAGAGGAGGAGGCCAAGAAGAAGACACCAAAACUUCUCAAGACAUUGGAGAAGACUUCUGGUGGCUCCAGGACUUCCAGGACAGAACCAUGGACUACUGGGUGAAGAUGCUGAUGUGCCUCAUGGCAGCAUACACCUGCUGGUCCGGCUGCGUGGAGGUGGAUCCGGAGACAGAGGCCGUCUAUGGGCACGAAUUCAAGAUCAGGUGUAUAUCCUGUAAGAAACGAGGGGAGACGGUGGCCAAAACCUUCACCGAAUGGUUCUUCAAGGGGGACGGAAUGGAGACAUUCGACUUGAUCCUUCUCCGCCAGCACCCUAAGACCAACAUCUUGGAUAGCCGUUUCGAAGGGCGGCUCAAGUGGAACGGGAGCAGUCACUCGGAGGACCUGCAGGACAUGUCAGUCGUCAUCUCCAACGUGUCCUACGAUCACGCCGGGACCUACAUGUGCCGCGUUAACCGCACGCUGAUCUUUGAGAGCCACGAAUACAACACCAACGUCACCAAAUUCAUUGACGUUACAGUGGUGGACAAAGGAAAUAGAGACAUCGCUUCCAUAGUGUCGGAGAUCAUGAUGUACGUCCUCAUCGUGGUGCUCACAAUAUGGCUGGUGGUAGAAAUGAUCUACUGUUACCGGAAGAUUGCUGCUGCCGGGGAGGAGGCCGUUCUGGAGAAUGCUUCAGAUUAUUUAGCAAUAACCACUGAGAGUAAAGACAAUUGCCUAGUAGUGCAGCCGCAGGAGUAGCCGGACCCAGGAUAGUGACACCGGGAAACCAGCUGGAAGAAUGGAUGGAGCCAGGAGCAAUGCAAACACUGCUGGGAGGACCGAAAACUGUAACGGGUCACCAAUGAGCCCACCACCACCGCCGAAUACACCACCACCAUCACCAUCACCCUCCCUUCCCCAUGGAUUACAUCAAGAUCCAUUCCAAGUUGCUUCUUACGCCGAACAAUGCAGAAGACGUGGCCAAGACUCGGUAUCCCGGGUCACACUCACAUAUGCAACGCUCCUUAGCUUCUUUAUUGCCAACUCACCAGCAAUUAAGGUGUUAAGGAAACUUACCAAAAAUGCUUCCAUGGAAAGUAAGACUUUUUAUCUUUUCGUGGCCUUGCUGUUGCUUUAAGUUUUUUGUUUGGGAGAGGGGCGGGGGGUUGUGGGGCAUGGUGGGGAGGGGCUACAUUCAUCACGGGAGCCGACCAUCAAUGAUUCUCGACGAACUGGAAAGCAAAGAUUUCAAAAUUUCGAAUUUUUCCAAUUUUUCCCAUAAUGUUUGGGAUGCAGUGAACAAUCUAAGGGGCAUGAAUAUUCCUUGCAUGACGCUCCAAACGCAUAUCCUUUUUUUUUUCUUAUCUGCUGCUGC